AAGGAUUCAGAAUCACGAAAGCGAUUCGUUGUUAACAGCAAACACUCAUCUAAUCGUGUCACCUAUAAAAUACUACAAUAUUCCCUAUUUCUCAGCAUUUCUGUUAACAAAAGAAAGUGUGACAUUGUUGUUUAAACCAAGAAGAAGGGAAAGAGGAGAGUAUAUUCGUUUGAAGGAACAGGACCAACGACGCCACUUCUAUCUCUUUGACACUUGCUCUUAUUCAUUCAACUACCUUUCAAUUUCCAAUUUUUAAUAAAAGGGUCUUUAAUUUUAUCGAACUAUAGAAUAUAUUGGUUUAUUAUACAAAAUUAUUAUAUUGGCAUGGCACAAGAACAAGAAAAUGAAGCAAAGCCUCAGUCUUCUUCCUCUCAGCCUUCUGUGGAACCGGACAUGGACACUAAGUCCAUCAUGAUUCCAACAACUUCAUGGUUUACACCAAAGAGGUUACUGGGUAUAUUUUGUGUGAUUAACAUGCUAAACUAUUUGGACCGAGGUGCAAUAGCAAGCAAUGGGGUUAAUGGAAGUCGAAGAACUUGUGAAGGUGGCACCUGCAAACCUGGAACUGGAAUACAGGGGGAUUUUAACUUGACCAAUUUUGAGGACGGAGUUCUAUCAUCUGCUUUUAUGGUUGGACUUCUUCUGGCUUCUCCAGUAUUUGCUUCUCUAGCAAAGAGUGUAAACCCGUUUAGACUUAUUGGAGUUGGAUUAUCAGUAUGGACUCUUGCAACCUUACUUUGUGGUUUCUCUUUCAAUUUCUGGUUCAUUGCACUCUGCCGCAUGCUAGUUGGUGUUGGCGAGGCUUCAUUUAUAAGUCUUGCAGCACCUUUCAUUGAUGACAAUGCUCCAGCUCCACAGAAAACGGCAUGGCUUUCCAUAUUUUACAUGUGUAUACCAGCAGGAUAUGCAAUUGGCUAUGUCUAUGGUGGUUUGGUUGGAAGUCAUUUUGGUUGGCGUUAUGCAUUUUGGGUGGAAGCUAUAUUGAUGUUUCCAUUUGCUAUUUUGGGAUUUGUUAUGAAGCCUUUGCAGCUGAAAGGUUUUGCCCCUACUGAUUCAGAAAAGGCACUGACAGUUGAGAUAGUUGGGUCAGAAGUUCAAGGUGUGGAGGCUUCAAAUGGAAAAGAUGAACCAUUAUCCUUGAAGUCUGAGUUCAGAGACAAAAGCUCACUUGAACCUUCCAAGUCAAAAUCUGCAACCACAAUAUUAGACCAGUUCUCAAGAUUUCUGAAAGAUAUGAAAGAACUUUUGCUUAAUAAGGUUUUUGUUGUCAAUGUUCUAGGUUACAUAGCAUACAACUUUGUAUUAGGUGCUUACUCAUAUUGGGGACCCAAAGUUGGCUAUAGUAUAUAUCACAUGACUAAUGCAGAUAUGAUAUUUGGAGGAAUUACUGUUGUAUGUGGAAUAUUUGGCACCUUAGGAGGAGGCUUUGUUCUUGAUUUCAUGACUAGCAGCAUAUCAAAUGCAUUUAAGCUUCUCUCAGUGACAACAUUUAUCGGUGGUGCUUGUUGUUUUUGUGCCUUCUUAUUUAGAACCGAGUAUGGAUUCCUAGCUCUUUUUGCUAUUGGUGAACUACUUGUGUUUGCCACUCAGGGUCCUGUGAAUUAUGUAUGUCUCCGUUGUGUUAAACCAAGUUUGAGGCCCCUGUCAAUGGCAAUGUCUACUGUUGCUAUUCAUAUCUUUGGAGAUGUACCUUCCUCACCACUUGUUGGAGUGUUGCAGGAUAAUAUUAAUAAUUGGAGAACGACUGCAUUGAUUCUAACAACUAUAUUUUUUCCAGCAGCUGCAAUAUGGUUCAUUGGAAUAUUUUUGCGUAGUGUGGAUAGAUAUAAUGAAGAUAGUGAGGUUGAAGUAUCAAGCGUCGAACGGACAAGCACAACACCAUUGUUUGAAGAGAGAAUUCCUGAAACAUCAACAUCUCAUCAAUCUCAGCAAUGCUGAUUUCUUUAGGUAGAUUUUGUUUCGCAUAAUGAUGGCCAUUGAAAUGUAAAUACUAAAGCAUUCUUAUUUUUUAAUUUUUUCUUUUGAAAUUUUUCCCUUGCUUUAUAUUUUUUGUGUAAGUAUCAUUUUGCUAAGUAAAGGAAAUGAAAUACAAUGGUCCAUAUUGGUAGCUUGACUGUCUAAUCUCUACUUUGUUAAAGAUUAUUAUUUAGGUUUAUGUUUCACCAUUUUGGGCAUAACUUUGUAAAUAUAUAUCAGCUU